AGCCCACAGAAUCACUUAUUUCUUUCCAACCUCACUUUCAAUAUUUUUUUCCAACCCUUCCCCAUUUCACAAGUUCCAACAAUAACUCUAAAAUACUAUCACAUUAGAAAAAGCCCACAAUCACUUACUAAUGUAAAAUAAAACCCAACCACAACCACCACCGCCGCCACAAUCACCACCAUGGCCAAACCACCACCACCGGCAACCGUAAUCCGCACAAUUUUCUACUACCUUUCAGAACACCCAUCAAUAAUCUCAUUCCGUUGGAGCCACACUCAUUCAUGGGGUUCAACAUGGUCUUUCCUCUUCACCUCCAUAGCCACCUACCUCAUCCUCUCUCUCUUCCUCCAUCUCUCACUCUCUCUCCUCUUCCCAAACCGCCGUCAAAUCCCUCUCGGACCCAUCCCCGCCAUCCACAGCCUCAUCAUGUCCUUAAUCUCCGUCACAAUCUUCACCGGAACACUAAUCUCCUCCAUCUCAGAAAUCCACGACACACGCUGGUUCUGGCGUAACUCCAAAACCCCAUUUCAAUGGCUUCUCUGUUUCCCCUUAGGAACAAGACCCUCUGGUCGUGUCUUUUUCUGGUCUUAUAUUUACUAUCUUUCACGUUUUGUUCACAUGUUUAGAACAAUCUUAACAAUCGUGAAACGUCGUAGGUUGUCGUUUUGUCAACUUAUGAAUCAUUCUGUUUCAGCUUUUGUUUCUUUUCUUUGGCUUGAAUUUUCACAGUCUUUUCAAGUUCUUGCUAUUUUGUUUGCAACACUUGUUUAUUCUGUUGUUUAUGGGUAUAGAUUUUGGACUGCUAUUGGUCUUAAAUCUGCUUGUUUUCCUUUUGUUUUGAAUUGUCAGAUUUUUUUGUUGGGUUGUAAUGUUGCAUGUCAUGUUGGUGUUUUUUUGGUUCAUUUUUGGUUUCAAAGUGGUGGUGGUGGUUGUAAUGGAAUUGGUGCUUGGGUUUUCAAUUCAAUUCUUAAUACUGCUGUUCUUGUUAUUUUUCUUAAUUUCUAUGUUAAGAUGUACUAUGUUGAUGUUGGGAGAAGUGAAAGGAGAAGGAAAGUAGUUGAAGAGAGUGAAUCAAUGGAUUGUUCUUCCUCUUGUCCAAUGUUAAUUGCCGGCUCGCGAUAACGGUUGUGGCGUGCUUCGACACAAUGGUUGAUAUUGUGGAAAAUUGCGGAUGCGGUCAUUGCAGUUGCAUUGUAGUUUCGACAAUAUCAGAAAUUGUUAUGUUUUUAAGCUUAGUUAUAGAUAAAUUCAAUUAAAAUAUAUAACAUGGAGUGGUGAUUGAUCACUAAUGUAUAAUAUCUCUUGCUGCAAUUUUGGGGUCCAAAUUGUGUACCCUUUAGAGCAAUGUGUAAGUAUAAGAUAACAAUAACAAUAAUAUAGUGUUACUGGAAAUUAAGCAGAAA